AUGUCGAGUUCGGCUUCUGGAACAAAAGCUCUUUCUCAGGUGCUGAAGGACGCAUUCGAGGACGGCUGGCUUAAGCACUAUGACAAUCUCGACGAAGACUACACUAGCACAGUCUUCGUCAGAAAGAACCAGAAACAAUUCGAUCUGGUGCCUUGUCGAGCCCUCCCUUCCGAAUAUGUCGAGGAUUAUAAAUUCGGCAAGGGCAUAACAUCCGAUGACGUCCAUUCCUACUGGUAUUUGGUCAAACAUACUAGUUCGGCUCCGGGGAGCGUCAAAUCUUCUCCCGGAUCCACCACGUCGAACCUCCCCGCCACCGUCCACGUAGGACGCGAGCAACAGCGCAAGGAGUCUCUACCUAGACCGCAGACAAUUUCACCAGCCAAGUCGGACGGCUCUUCAGGCCAGAGCGACAGCGCCAGCUCAGCCGACAAGUCCUCGACCACGCACAUGUCUACCUUGACCGCUUCGUCAGUGACUUCCUUGGGUGGGAGUGAACCCCAUCCGCCACCCAACAAGCUCUUUCUCAUCCACAGCCAAGUGACCUUCAACAAGGUUCCCGUCCACUACUACGUCGGGUAUGACGAGCACGGCAGAUGCCUUCUGGUGAAGAUGCCCACCGACGAGGUGGAGGCGUGCAGCUUGCUCGACGAAGUCAAGCCGAACAUGACCUUUGCCGUCCUGCGAGAUAGGAAGAAGCUCCUCGAGUGGAUGCAGGCCGGCUGUAGUGAAAUGGCGUGGAACGAGGUCGUCGGCCACCUCAACUCGGCGCUCACCGACCACUUCAAGUUUUCCAUGCUCACCUUGAAAGAGGCUCUGGACAUAUUGAACACCGCUCGCGCAGCGGACAAGAGAGCUUCCAGCCCGGGAAAGUAA